GCCUCGCUUCGCUUCUACUCCACCACCCCACCUCUCUCGCUCGAUUUCACGAGAUGCGCGCGCCGGCGGCGGGGGAGAUGGCGAUGGCGAUGGCGGCGGCGGAGGUGGAGCAGGAGGAGGAGGUGAUCAUCGUGGGGGCGGGGCCGUCGGGGCUGGCGGCGGCGGCGUGCCUGUCGCAGCGCGGGGUCGGGAGCCUCGUCCUGGAGCGGGACGACUGCGUGGCGUCGCUGUGGCGGCACCGCACCUACGACCGCCUCCGCCUCCACCUCACCAAGCGCUACUGCGCGCUGCCGCACGCGCCGCACGCCGACGGCGCGCCGGCAUACCUCCCGCGCGCCGACUUCCUCCGCUACCUCGACGCCUACGCCGCGCGCUUCGCCGUCCGGACGCGCCUCCGCCGCGAGGUCCGCUCCGCGCGCUACGACGCCGCGCGCGGGAGGUGGGCCGUCGACGCCGUCGACCUCGCCACGGGGGCGGCCGAGCGCUACUCCGCGAGGCACCUGGUCGCCGCCGCGGGGGAGAACGACGAGAAGGUGGUGCCCGAGGUGCCCGGGAUGGACACCUUCCCCGGGAAGGUGCUGCACGCCGUCGACUACCGGUCGGCGGAGGGGUUCAAGGGCAAGUCCGUGCUCGUCGUCGGCUCCGGCAACUCCGGCAUGGAGAUCGCCUACGACCUCGCCGUCGCCGGCGCCACCACCUCCAUCGUCAUCCGCAGCGAGCUGCACCUGGUGAGCAAGGAGGUAUGGAACGUGGCGAUGACGCUGUACAGGUACCUGCCGGCGUGGGCGAUCGACAAGGUGGUGCUGCUCAUGUGCGCAGUCGUGUUCGGCGACACCGCCCGCUACGGCCUCCGGCGGCCGGCGAUCGGGCCCUUCACGGCGAAGCUCACCACGCCGGCGUACCCCGUCGUCGACGUCGGCACCUACGCCAAGAUCAGGUCAGGCGAGAUCCGCGUCCUGCAGGCCGGCCUCAAGAGCGUCCGCGGCAGCGACGUCGAGUUCGCCGACGGCCAGCGCCACGCCUUCGACGCCGUCAUCUUCGCCACCGGCUACCGGAGCACCACCAACCAGUGGCUCAAGAGUGACGACGGGUUGAUCGGCGAUGACGGGAUGGCGGCGCGGAGCUACCCGAAGCACUGGAAGGGGGAGAAUGGGCUCUACUGCGCAGGCAUGGUGAGGAGGGGUAUCUAUGGCAGCUACGAGGACGCAGAGCUCAUCGCUCAAGACAUCAGCAAGCAGCGCCGGAGCAGCGACAGCUCGAAAAAAGCUGCAGAUCCAACACUUCCAUGCAUCGUGAUGCACCAAGCUUGACGAGAACCCAACUGCCCAGGACAUUGUCUUCUCUAGCCUGGGGCUAUAGGCCGGCAGAAACAAAAGGAAGGAUGCCCAGAGGCCUCCUUGGUCACCUAGGGAUCUCUACUCCAAUCAAACUGCCUCUCUGCAUCAUAUUCACUUGUAAUCAUUUUUCCACACUAUUUGUGGAGUACCAGAUCGGUUUUGUUACAAUUUUUUGAAUAGGAAAACUCCGUCAGGAAAAAAAACGUAUGAAUAACUAGACUUGGGGCCUAAAGCCCCAAAUAUCUACAUAAAUAAAAGGGGACCAGGUAAUUCCCUUAUUAUCCACUCAAAAAUACUAAUUCCCUUAUUAAAUAGUACUAUCCUUAUUGUUUAAUAUAUGAACUUGUUGACUUUAAAAAUACAACAUUUGACCAUUUGUAUAUAAGUAUUUAUUUCUUUAUUACUGCUUAUGUAUCAAUCGACAGAAAACCCACUCCAAAAUCAUGUGUAUCCAGACCAUUAGAUUGUUCUGAGAUUUUUGUGUAAACGCCGUAACACUUCCUGCCUCUCUCUCCUCACUCCCUCGGUACACGCUGCCACUAUUUCCGACC